AUGAGUAUCGCUCAUGCCAAUACAGAUGAAAUAGGUGCACACAGUGAUGGGUUUAGAGAUGAUGAACAUGAGAGCUGGGAAUCUGAAUUUUCAGAUGAAAUCAUAGGUCCAGCUGACCAACAUCACGGCACUCACUCUACUGAUCCCCUCAAGGCUCUUGCUAUCCCAAUCCACGAUCCAGAAUUUUUUCUUACUUUUAAAGGCAUUACAAACCUCGUCAUUGCUCCAUUCUUUCAGGGCAUGUUCUAUGGUCUUGGUGAGGGUAUUGCAAGAAUUUUUGUAGGUCGUUGGGUUGGGAUUGAUCCACUCACUGCAUUGACAGGGAGAAAACGAGACACGCAGCAUAUCUCGCGAUCCGUGAGAUUACAUUCUCAAGGACCUUCAUUUCUUUCAAGAUGGUUUGGUUGGAUGAAUGUGUGGCCAAAUAGCUCAGAAUCCUUAUCUAGUUCUCCCACAGAGGCCCUGCAUUUACAGAAUAUUAAUGCGUGUGCUGAAUUCUACAAUCCUGGAGCUACAUUGCAGUUUGUGCACCAUGUAUCAAAAAACCAAGAGUCAACUCGACUCGAACAUACUUUACACAAUAUCAACAAAAAUACAAAAACAUAUUUGAAUUGA